GCUAUCAUUUUUACUAGUUACUAAGAAGCAGCUAAAGGAACUGAAAAAGUUGCUUAAGCCUGAGUCACACCGUUGGUUUCAGUUGGGAUUUCAAAUGAGGAUAAAAAUGGAUGAACUUAAAAAGAUAGAGAAAGCAGGAGGUAGACGACCACCUGAUGUUUGCUUUCUGGGAGUGAUAGAAUUGUUUUUGCAGAAUAAAGAGGAGGACAGAAAGUGGGAGUCUAUUUUUGAUGCUUUGGAAGGCAUUAAUAAUAACAGAUUGAAGAGAAGUUUGGAAAGAGAAUACAAACCAGGUGAUGUAGUGUCACAGGAUAUGGAUGCCCCUAGUUUAGUUAAUAAGCUGGUUGAGGCUACACAUCAGUGGUAUAUUUUUGGAGAAUAUUUAGACAUACCAACUUUCAAAUUGAAAGAACUUCGAGAUGAGACAAGUACUGACGUGUCUUUUAGUAACAUGAUGGAUAGGUGGUACGAUAGUGGUGAUGCCACCAUUGAAGUUGUUAUUGAAGCAUUAGAGAAUCUUCAUAAUAGAGUCCUUGCAAAGAAAGUCCGUGAUAAUUUCUUGGUUCAAUUUGAAGAACAAGCUAAGAAACAAGCAGUUACAUGGCUGACAGGUGUUGAUGAAAAGAUUUUAUCUGAGGUGGAUGAUGUGGCAGAUAUUGUUGAAGCUGUGUUUCAUGUCAAUAAUUGGGAAGAUCUUGGUCUUGCACUCAGAAUAAAGCCACCAGACUUAGAAGCUAUUAAGAAUGAUAAUCGUAAUACUUCUUCUUGUCGCCGUGAGAUGAUUAAAAAAUGGUUGACGAUGGGAAUUGGAUCGUGGAAGGCUCUGUGUAUUGCCCUGGCUAAGGAGCAUGUGGGUCAUAUCAACUUGGCCAAAAGAAUAGCUGAAAGUCAUCGUGGAAACGUAAGAGUACCAGAAAAUUUGAAGCAGCCUACUCAGGCAUCUGAUGAUCAUCCUGGAAAGUUCUUGACUGGAAUAAGUGGAAACCCUUCUAUUCAGACAAAAGUAGGUGUGGAUUCCAUUACUCAAAAUCAAGUACCUGAACGUUCUGAAGCAUAUUCAAAACCAGAGCAGGCCACAUUAGAAGGGAAUACUGAAACUGGUGCCUUUUCUACAGCCACUCAAUUAUUUCAAGACCCAAUAGAAGAACAACAAUAAAGUUUUAAUGAUCAUAAUAAAUGUUUUGCUAGUUAAUUGUGUAAAGUUUCUAUCUAUGAAAGUUUUAUGGGUGGGUCACUAUGGUA